GAACGCUCUCAGUGUUUCAGUGGGGAUGUUUUUUAGCGGGGAGUCCUUUGGUUGCCCAUGUAAAUAAUGUGGAUUUAGCGACUGGAUUUUUAUUAUUAUCAGUAAUUUAUUGAACUCGGAGUGGUCGUGAUCUGCUGACAGUGGUCCGCAGGUCAGGACUGGGUCCACACUGUUCUCUCUGCAGGUCUGAUCAUGAAUGUGAACCAGGGCACGGUCGGCAGUGACCCGGUGAUCCUCGCCACCGCUGGAUAUGAUCACACAGUCCGGUUCUGGCAGGCCCACAGCGGCAUCUGCACCAGAACCGUCCAGCACCAGGACUCUCAGGUAAACUCACUAGAGGUAACGCCAGAUAGGAGCAUGAUUGCAGCAGCUGGUUAUCAGCACAUACGCAUGUAUGACCUAAAUUCCAACAAUCCGAACCCAGUAAUUAAUUACGAUGGUGUUAGCAAAAAUAUUACGUCAGUCGGCUUCCAUGAGGACGGGAGAUGGAUGUACACUGGAGGAGAGGACUGCAUGGCACGUAUUUGGGAUCUCAGGUCAAGAAAUCUGCAGUGUCAAAGGAUCUUCCAGGUCAAUGCACCUAUUAACUGUGUGUGCCUGCAUCCUAACCAAGCUGAAUUGUUUGUUGGGGACCAAAGCGGUGUGAUCCACAUCUGGGAUCUUAAAACAGACCACAAUGAGCAGCUCAUCCCAGAGCCUGAGGUGUCUGUAAACUCUGUGCACAUUGAUCCUGAUGCUAGCUACAUGGCUGCUGUCAACAGUUCGGGCAACUGUUAUGUGUGGAACUUGGCAGGAGGAAUUGGUGAUGAAGUGACACAGCUUAUUCCCAAGACUAAAAUCCCUGCUCACAAGCGUUAUUCCUUGCGCUGUAAAUUUAGUCCAGACUCCACAUUGCUGGCUACAUGCUCUGCUGAUCAGACUUGUAAGAUCUGGAGGACCUCCAACUUCUCACUGAUGACAGAGCUGAGCAUCAAGAGCAACAACCCUGGAGAGACGUCUCGCGGAUGGAUGUGGGACUGUGCUUUUUCUGGAGACUCACAGUACAUUGUCACUGCCUCUUCAGAUAACCUGGCUCGUCUGUGGUGUGUGGAGACGGGGGAGAUCAAGCGGGAGUACAGCGGCCAUCAGAAGGCAGUGGUGUGUUUGGCCUUUAACGACAGUGUGCUUGGUUAAAUGAGGACCUCCCAUAGUAGCUCUGUUUAAUGGAGUAAAAAAACAUCAGGACUGAUUAAUUAAGAACAGUUCACCUAUCACUCAGUCAUUAUAUCAUGUAUUACAACUUGGAUUUUUGUAGCACAAUAAUGAUGCUAGACAAUGGACAUUACAUAGACCAAUGGUCCUCCAAUCCCAACACAUUCUCCAGGACCAGGACAUUCUCUUUUAUGACCAUUCUGGGCUGCACCAUAAAGACAAUAAUGUUAAAAAUAUUUUGACACUGUAAUCUAUUGUUGUCUUUUUACUUUGAGUUACACAAUACAGUUUCAUGUAAAUGCCUGUGAUUCGUUAUAAAUCUGGAAAUUUCGAUAUGAAUAUAAAUCUGACUCAUCAGACCAGUAAAACAUCAGAAGGUCCUCUUUUAGAUGUACAGUGGUUUGCAGCCAAGAGUGUCGGACCUUGAUUCGGCAUACAUUCACUUGCUGAAUAAAGUGUAUUAAAUGUG